AUGGCUGAAACUACACAAACUCCCGAAAUUCUUAUUCACUCUGCAGAUGGCGCUCAGCUACUGUCAGGUGACUACAACAACAAUAACAACAAACACCAAACCCAAGAAGAUUCUUACCCCGUUAUGAUUGACAAUAACCUCUCCUCACAGCAGAUUGACAUCUCCGAGGAAUUUAGCGACACGGACUCUGAAUUAAAUAUUACAGUGGUGGAUACCACAAUCUCUGGCUCUCAACCAAUAUCUCAGGGUAUAUCUACCAAGGCCCACAUAGGCAGACCAACCAACGCGGAACUUCUCGCAAAGAGUAUUGACAAGUCACAAACGACGCUUACUAAAUUUACAAAAAGAAAAGAGCCAGAAGGCGGCCACGAUGCCUUCCGAGUCACAAAAAAAAACACAAACCUUAACCAGCCACAGCUUCCGAUUGGUCCUCAUGAUCAAUCCAUGCCUGCUCGAACAGCUGAGACUCUCUUCCAGCACUCUAUCCCGGUAGUUAAUUCACUCCAGGAUCUAUUAAAACAGCUUAUGAUAUGGAGGGAAGAAGACAAACAGGACACAGCCAAAUUCAAGGCCGAAGUCCUCGCACAGAUUACAAGAGAAACAGACAAACUAACAUCGGCAGCCUCGUUCAAAAAACUGGACCUGGCCAAAACCGACACGUCAAUAGUAUUUUGGAAUGCGCGAGGUCUCCCUGAACCUGAAAUUCUACUAAAUUUCAAAGAGGGGACUAUUAUCAACAUCUCAGAGACUUGGCGUACUGAAAGAAAAACUUCUCUGCCCUCUGCGCUAAACUCCUUCAAUAAAAUAUGGUCUCCAGCUAUAAAGGACAAAACUCUGGGACGACCAAGUGGUGGCUUAGUUUCUCUCAUGAACAAUGACCUGCAGCAUCGUAUUUUAUCAUCUUCACGCUGGUGGCUAAUUUUUUUGGUCACUCUAAAUAAGGUAAAAGUUAUCAUAGCAUCUAUUUAUUUUAACCCAAGUUGUAAUCUAGAUUCUGUAUUAGAAGAACUAAACCUAGUCUUAGAUGAUAUAUUGCUAUCCACUGUCUUUGAUGUAUUUGUCAUAGGUGGCGAUUUCAACGCCCGCUUGGGGUUGCUGAAUGAAGUUGACCCAGAGUGCACAGAAAGCACACGUAUUAGCACUUCUAGAAAAUCUAUGGACAAAAAAAUUACCCCGAGAGGUAGCCGGCUGAACAACUUCAUGGAAGAACACGGCUUUGUGCUGCUUAAUGGAAGGUGUCAGCCCGACACAAGUGGCAAUUUCACCUUCUUUGGCCCACAAGGCCUGAGCGUUGUGGACUUGGCCUGGGUAAACCUCGCUGGAGUCGACUUAAUAACGGAGUUCAGAGUUGAUCAAAGUCUAUACUGCUCGGACCACUAUCCGAUAAUGCUCAAACUCGCAACUAAUAACGCCAGACAGCCUCAAGCCCUACACACCGCACCUUCUCGUCCAACGCCUCGCCCUAAAUGGAACCAAGAAGCCGCUCCCGAAUUCACAAACGUUAUGAAAUGGUCACCCUUGGUACAGUACAACAGUACCGCUCCAAACGCCAACUCUCUCAACAAGGAUCUCCUUGACGCUAUUCAACAAGCCACUGAAACCUCGGGGAUGCUAAGAAACGCUCAAGGUAAACGUAUUACCAACAAACAUAAACCUUGGUUCGACAAGGAAUGCUCUCAACUCAAGUCUCGCUUAUCACAGACACACAACACUUGUCGGAGACUAAACUUCUCAGACCCCCAGGCUAACAAUGAGUUCCUGCAGCUUAGGAAAAUAUUUCACAAUGUUACUAACAAAAAGAAGAAAGAGUAUAGGAAGAGAAUCACGAAUGAUUUCGCCGCUGUCAAUGAUACCUCCAGAUUCUGGGCAGUGGUACGCUCUGCAAAACGCAUAUCUGUCUACGUGCCCCCACUCCCGGUUGAAGUCUGGAACAGGUGCCAUGACAACGCGUUCGUCCUGCAAUCUGCUUUGCAAAUCCACUUAAGACAACCCGGUGCUUCUUGUUUUGGGCUUUUCGUGGAUUGCAGAAGAGCAUUCGACUCAAUCCCUCACGACUUGCUCUGGGUGAAACUUAAUAAUUUAGGUGUCAGUGAAAAAAUGAUAAAAGUCAUCCAAAAUCUAUAUGCAAAAACUAAGAUGCGCGUUCGAGUCAACGGAGACUUCUCCAACCCCGUAGACGUUACCACAGGAGUGCUGCAGGGCGAGAUUCUCAGCCCCCUCUUAUUCGUAAUCUAUAUCUCCGAUAUAGUCUCCUUUUUUAGGCGGCGUGACCACUCUGGCAUACAACUCACCAACAAAGUUGACUUACCAAUACUUCUAUAUGCAGAUGACCUUGUCAUCCUUACUAGAAGACUAGUGGACGUACACAAAGCCCUACGAAUUCUGGGAGAAUAUUGUGACCAAAAUGGCUUAGAGGUGAACACGUCCAAAACCAAGAUAGUGCCGUUUGCCAAAGGCGGCCUCAGGAAAAAAUUUCGGAAACCCUUUAACUACAAGAACUCCCCAGUUGAAGUCACCAAUACCUACAUGUAUCUUGGAAUUCCAUUCAACUCCACCGCCACUGGACGAGGCGCCGCCGAGGAAGCUGUCAAUAAAACUAAUCGUGCUGCUGGGACCGCUCUUGGUAUCCUGUCUAGACUGAGUGCUGACUCAUGGGCGGGAAAAGUAAAAAUAUACAAUGCCAUCGUUCGCUCUACUCUACUCUAUCUGGCUGGUAUCUGGGGCCUCUCUUUUACUGAUACAAUGGAAAAAGCUCAAGUGCAAUUCUUCAAGAAGCUCCUGCAGCUCCCAGCUUGCACUCCAGGCUAUGCGGUUCGACUCGAAGUGGGAGUUUCUCCCCUGGCUGUACAGGUCCUAGACGCUGCAAUUAGAUGGGCCUCUAAGGUACUAAAACUAAGUGAUGACCGUUUGCCCAAGAUCUGCUUUCUCCGCCUACUCGAACUGUCCAGAGUCGAAGAUCAGUAUGGGCUGAAGAACAAAUACCCUGGAAACUGGGUCUCGGCACUCAAAAGCCUACUGAAGGCCUGUGGAUAUGACAGUCUGUUUAACUCGCUUUCUUCAGAGACAUGGGAAUCUAGAAGGCAGGAGGUGGUGUCAAGCUUCGCCAAAAGUCUCCGAGAUGCUGAUUAUAAACGUUACAGCAACUCCAAUAGCUGCCAAAUUCCAAUUCAACGGCCCUACGAAGGCCCUGCUAAAUACCUCAAACGUUGCCCUUAUUACGCGCUGAACAUCAAGGCCCAGCUUAGAUUGGCAACAAAAUAUGCCUGUAACAUAACAUUCAAUGGAAUUACUUACAGACUCUCUCCGAGGUCUCCCUGUCGAGUCUGUGAGCUUGAUGAAUUGGAAACAACUUCUCACUUCUUGUCCUCCUGUCCCAGGUAUCAAUCUCUCCGUAAUAAAUACCUGACCACGCUGGAUCUGAAUCUAGAUACGGCUCAAAUUCUCUCCCUGGACACUGCCUGCAGCACAAAAACUCUCGCACACUUUGUGAUGGAAAGCCUUGUACUGAGAGAGAAACUGCUGACUUCGAUCCCACUGGUGGACAAUGAUCAGAAUCAAUAA